AUGAAGAUAGUUCAAGAGAAAGAAAUUUCCCUUCCUUAUCCUCAAUUUCAAAGGAAAGAGGUAUUGAAGCAAAAGAAUGAGAAGGUGAAGAAAGAGUUCCUUGAUUUAUUUAGGAAGGUGGAGAUUAACAUCCCUCUUUUGGAUGCAAUCAAAACCAUUCCUACAUAUGCCAAGUUUCUCAAGGAGCUAUGUACCCACAAGAGGAAGUUUGAGAAGGAUGAGAAAGUGUGUCUAAGUGAAGAAGUUAGUGCGGUUUUGCAAAGGAAGCUUCCACCAAAGUUGAAAGAUCCGGGUUCAUUCACCGUUCCAUGCAAGAUAGGUAAAACUUUCUUUGAUAAAGCUUUGAUGGAUUUGGGUGCUAGUAUCAACUUAAUGCCUUAUAGUAUCUAUGAGUCUCUUGGAAUUGGUGAAAUCCGGCCCAUUGCUAUCUCUUUGCAAAUGGCGGAUAGGGGUGUUGUUUACCCAAGAGGGGUUGUGGAAAAUGUUCUUGUGAAGGUACAAGACUUGAUCCUACCGGCCGAUUUCAUCAUUCUAGACAUGGAAGAGGCUCCUCUCCAUGAGAAGGAGUUGCCUAUCAUCCUUGGGAGAGCAUUUAUGGCAACCGCCGGUACUAAGAUUGAUGUCAAGGAGGGGUUGAUGACCAUGACCGUUCAUGAUACUACCAUUGCUUUUAGAAUCUUUGAUGCAAUGAGUAAGCCAUCAAAUGCCUAUGAUUGUUUCCGGAUUGACGUUUUGGAUGGUAUUGACAAGAUGGUGGAGAAAACUUUCAUUGAAAAUGCAUCUCAAGAUCCAUUGGAGACAUGUUUGCAUCAUAAUGGCAUAGAGUUCAUUGAGGAGGCAACCAGAGAAGCCGAGCUUACACUUGAAGCCUUAAGGCCUUGCACUCCACAUUUGCAACCAAAGGUUGAGGUACCUCUUGCUAACUCUACUCCUUUACUUCCAUCAAUUAAAUAUCCUCCUACUCUUGACAUGAAACCACUUCCUUCUCAUUUAAAGUAUGCUUUUAUUGGUGAAAACCACAAGUUGCCCGUAAUUAUCUCUUCAUGUUUGAGUGCUUUGCGAGAAGAUGGGUAUAGUGGCUACAAUCAAAUCCCCAUUGCUCUAGAAGACCAAGACAAGACUACCUUCACUUGUCCAUAUGGUACCUUUGCCUAUAGAAGAAUGCCAUUCGGUUUGUGCAAUGCACCGGCAACUUUUCAAAGGUGCAUGAUUUCCAUUUUUAGUGAUAUGGUGGAGAGAUUCAUUGAAGUGUUCAUGGAUGACUUUAGUGUCUUUGGAGAUUCAUUUGAUCAAUGCCUACACCAUUUGGCACUUGUGCUUCAAAGGGAUCAUAGUGCCUUGAAGUAUCUUUUGUCAAAAAAAGAGGCUAAGCCAAGACUUGCUUGUGGAGGUCAUUUUGGAGGGAAGAAGACGGCAUUCAAGGUACUAAGUUGCGGUUUUUAUUGGCCUACUCUUUUCAAAGAUGCACAUGCCUAUGUUAGUGCUUGUGAUAGAUGCCAAAGAAGUGGUAACAUUGCUUCAAGGAAUCAAAUGCCCCUCACCAACAUCAUGGAAGUAGAAAUUUUUGAUUGUUGGGGUAUUGACUUCAUGGGACCAUUCCCAAGCUCUUAUGGCAACCAAUUCAUCCUUGUUGGAGUUGACUAUGUUUCUAAGUGGGUAGAAGCAAUUGCAAGUGCCAAGAAUGAUCACAAUGUUGUGCUCAAGUUCCUCAAAGAGAACAUUUUUCAAAGGUAUGGCACUCCAAGAGCCAUCAUAAGUGACGGAGGAUCCCACUUUCUCAACAAGCAGUUUGAAGCUCUAUGCAAGAAGUAUGACAUCAAGCACAAGGUUGGCACUCCCUACCAUCCCCAAACAAGUGGUCAAGUUGAAAUCUCAAACCGAGAAAUCAAGAGCAUUCUAGAGAAGAUUGUGGGGAUCACAAGGAAAGAUUGGAGCACCAAACUUGGAGAUGCUCUUUGGGCAUAUCAGACCGCCUACAAGACUCCACUUGGCAUGUCACCUUAUCGGUUAGUUUAUGGAAAAGCAUGUCAUUUGCCUGUGGAAUUGGAGCAUAAAGCAUAUUGGGCUAUCAAGAAGUUCAAUUUUGAUAUUGCUAAGGCGGGAGAGAAGAGGAAACUUGAUCUAUGUGAGCUUGACGAAAUUAGAAUGGAGGCAUAUGAGAAUGCCAAGCUAUACAAGGAGAGAACCAAGGCCUAUCAUGACAAGAAGUUGAUCAAGAAGACAUUUGAGGAAGGGCAACUUGUUCUUCUCUAUAACUCAAGGCUCAAACUCUUUCCCGGAAAACUUAGAUCAAGGUGGUAUGGCCCUUUUGAAGUUGUGAAAGUCUUUCCCCAUGGUGCCAUUGAGAUCAAGAACCCAAGUAAUGAGAGCACAUUCAAGGUUAAUGGCCACCGAUUGAAGCCUUACUUGCUUGGUAGCUUGGGAGUUGAAGAGGAGGUCAUGUACUUCAUGGAUGCUCCUCUUGUUCCUCUUCAUUGA